UUAAGAAGGUCGAUGCCGGGCGCCUCGGUGGCUCAGACGGUUAAGCGUCUGCCUUCGGCUCAGGUCAUGCUCCCAGGAUCCUCGGUCGAGUCCCGCAUCGGGCUCCCUGCUCUGCGGGGAGCCAGCUUCUCCCUCUGCUUCUCUCUCUCUCUCUCUCUCUCUCUGUCUCUCAUGAAUAAAUAAAUAAAAUCUUUAAAAAAAAAAAAAAAAAAGAAGGUCGAUGCAUAAGCGGCCCCCGCAGAGGGAGGCAAAGCGGAAAGGACGCGGCCGGAAGCGGAAGGGCGGCAAGGGUUAGCGGCGUCUCAGUUGCCAUGGAGACGGGAAGAGGCAGAGAAGGGCUGUCUGCAGAGUCCGGGUCCUACGCGUUCCGGGGCGCGACGUGGACGCCAACCUCGCAUCUGGCCGGGAUCCGCAGCCCCAGCGAGUCCGCCUGGCUGUCCUCUUUGACCUACUCCGAGGCCUUUCACUACGGCUUCGGGGGCCGGGCCCGCCGCGUGGGGGGGCCCCUCGCGCUCCAGCCGCUCCCCGAGCCGCAGCUGCUGAGUCUGCGCCCCACCUCGCUGCGCAGCCAAGACAUCUCGCACUUGCUCACCGGCCUCUUCCGCAACUUGUACACUAACGAGGUGAUCGGCGAGGACCUGAGCGCGAACUUGAUCAAGGCCCGCGGCAGCGAGGAUGCGCGCCACGAGGAGUUCGUGGACGAGCUGCAGCGGAUUCGGAAGGUCUAUAAGCAGCGACUGGAUGAAGUUGAAAUGUUGGAGAGACAUAUCAUUCAGGCCCGAGCACGAGCCCUUGCAGAGGAAGAACGGAUCAUGCAACUGGCUGAAGUGCAUGACCUUGAUACCUUCCUCAAGAUGCCUCCAGCAAAGACUAUGUUCAGAUGGUGUGUAGACAGUGAGUUGCUACAGAAACACCAUUUGAUCUGCCCGGAUGAUUACUACAGUGACAGAGUGCCAUUUUGCUCUGCACCUAAAGGUGUCUCCGUCCCCGGAUGUUCAAAACUCACAUUCGGUUGUGAGAAGCGGUCCGUCCCCAAGAAGCACCUGACCAAGAAGCUUGAGGCUUCCUGCCAGAAGACGCUCAUUAAGUCUCAAGACGAGUUAGACUACACUGUGGACAGCCUGACGGGGGACUUGUGUUCAAAGGCCAAGCGCAAGGCCGUCAAGAAGGCAGGUCCAACCAAGAAUAAAAAGUGGAUGAGCCACUUACACGUGCCUCAGAGAGAACUGGAGCGACUUCUGCUUGCCAGAAUGGAGAGUCGGAACCACUUCCUAAAAAACCCUCGGUUUUUCCCUCCUAACACUCCCUAUGGAGGCAAGUCUCUUCUCUUUCCUCCGAAGAAGCCAGUACUGACAGGAGAUUUCCAGGGUGGAGAUUUGAAGCAGAGUUGUGCUGAUACUCCAGUGUUUCUAGCUAAACCAUCAAUCGGAUUUUUCACAGAUUAUGAAAUUGGGCCAGUUUAUGAGAUGGUGAUCUCCCUGCAGAACACCACGGCAACCAGCCGCUACCUGCGAGUCCUCCCGCCUUCUACACCGUACUUCGCUCUGGGAUUGGGGAUGUUCCCAGGAAAAGGUGGAAUGGUGGCUCCUGGAAUGACCUGCCAGUACAUCGUCCAGUUUUUUCCCGACUGUCUUGGGGAUUUUGAUGAUUUUAUCUUAGUCGAGACCCAGUCAGCCCACCCACUCCUAAUCCCCUUGCAGGCCCGGAGGCCACCCCCAGUGCUGACGUUAUCACCAGUGUUGGACUGCGGUUACUGCCUCAUUGGGGGAAUGAAGGUAACCAGAUUCAUCUGCAAAAACGUGGGCUUCAGCGUCGGCAAGUUCUGCAUCAUGCCUAAGAAGAGCUGGCCGCCACCAAGUUUCAGGGCUGUUGCAACCAUUGGCUUCAUUGAGCAACAUCCCUUUGGAAUCCUGCCUUCGGUGUUUGAGCUGGCUCCGGGGCAGGCCAUAUGUGUGGAGGUCUUGUUCCUCCCAACGAGCCUAGAAAAGGCAGAGCAGACCUUCAUCAUUGUAUGUGACAACUGCCAGAUAAAGGAGCUGGUGACCGUAGGAAUCGGGCAGCUGGUUGCUUUGGAUCUGAUCUAUAUUUCUGGCGAAGAAAGUCAGCCGGAGCCUGGAGAGCUCACAGACUUAACAGCCCAACACUUCAUACGCUUUGAGCCCGAGAACCUUCAGUCCACAGCUAGAAAGCAGCUGAUUAUUAGAAAUGCUACGCACGUGGAGCUGGCCUUCCACUGGCAGAUCAUGAAGCCUAACCUGCAGCCCCUGAUGCCUGGAGAAACCUACAGCCUGGACAGCCUCAAGUACCACCCUGACAGGGAGACGGCCUUCUCCAUCCUGCCUGAAAGAGGGGUUCUCAGCCCCCACACGGAUCAUGAAUUCAUCCUGAGCUUUUCUCCUCAUGAGCCCAGGGAUUUUCACAGUGUGCUCCAGAUGGUGCUAGAGGACGUCCCAGAGCCCAUGAACUUGGAACAGGAAAACCUGAAGGAUUUUUCUUACUCUGUGGAUGACGUGAUUGUCCUGGACAUCGAGGUGAAAGGCUCAGUGGAACCUUUCCAGGUUCUCUUAGAACCGUAUGCCCUCAUCAUCCCCGGGGAGAACUACAUUGGCAUAAAUGUGAAGAAAAAUUUUAAGAUGUGGAACAACAGCAAGUCCCCCAUCAGAUACCUGUGGGGGAAGAUCAGUGACUGCCACAUCAUUGAAGUGGAACCCUGCAUGGGGACCAUAGAGCCCAGCGAGGUGGAGGAUUUUGAGUUGAGCUUUACCGGGGGUGUCCCUGGCCCAACAAGCCAGGACCUGCUGUGUGAAAUCCAAAACUCACCCUCGCCAGUGGUAUUACACAUUGAGGCGGCCUUUAAGGGGCCCGCCCUUGUCAUCAACGUCUCAGCCCUUCAGUUUGGUUUGCUGCGCCUGGGGCAGAAAGCCACCGACUCCAUCCAGAUCCAGAACGUCAGCCAGCUCCCGGCCACGUGGUGCAUGAAGGAGAGCCUGGUCUGCCUCCAAGAGAGGCGUGAGGGCGUAUCUCCCUUCGACAUUGAGCCCUCAAGCGGGCAGAUUCACCCUCUGGGGGAGUGCAGAGUGAACAUCACCUUGGAGGCCAAGCAGUGUCAGCGACUGCAGACCGUCCUGGAGCUGGAGGUGGUAAACGGGGCCUGGAGCUACCUUCCUGUGUAUGCUGAGGUACAGGAGCCCCAUGUGUACCUGCAAAGCAGCCACGUGGAAGUCACGAACCUCUACGUGGGCGUGCCCACCAAGGCAACUGUUACACUCAUCAACGGCACACUCCUGCCUACCCGAUUCCACUGGGGCACGCUGCUGGGGCGCCAAGCAAGCGUCUGCACGGCAAGGGCCUCCCCCAGACGCGGCACGCUGGGCCCCAGUGAGGAGCGCCACAUCAGCCUGGAGCUGGCUACUCACACCCAGGACGAGCUGAGCGAUCUGGCCCUCCCUUGUACCGUGUCAGGCAUGAAGGAGCCACUGGUUCUGGGCAUUUCUGGGAAACCCCAGGGACUGCAGGUGGCUAUUGCCAUCUCUAUGGAGGGCUCUGACAGCAGUGUUCCCAGCACGGAGCUGUGGCCGGGCCGCCUGGAGGAACUCCGCCUUGACUUCGGCUCCAAGGUGCCUCUGAGGACCCACGUGAGCUGCCCGCUCAUCCUGACCAACCGCUCCCCGAUACAGACACCUUUCACCCUCAAGUUUGAAUACUUCGGGAGUCCCCAGGACAGCCUGAACCAGAAACCCAGUGUCCCCGACAUGCCCCCUGCCCUGCUGAAGACAUCGCGGAUUCGAGAACACUUGGCCAGGCGAGAGCAGCUGAAUUUUAUGGAAAGCAUGUUGUCUCAUGGCAAAGGAGCUGCCUUCUUUCCCCACAUUUCCCAGGGCAUGCUGGGGGCCCACCAGCAGCUAAGCAUCGACAUCUCAGGCUACGCAAACAUGUGGGGCGAGUACUGGGACAACCUCAUCUGCACGGUGGGAGACCUGCCACCAACAGUCAUCCCGGUGCAUAUGGCAGUGGUGGGCUGCCCCAUCAGCUCCCGGAGGACCACCUAUUAUACCACUGACCCGUUGCAGAAGGAACCUGUCGUCAGGUUCGGCACCCAGGUCUCUGGAGGAGACACGGUCACCCGGGUCCUUCGCUUGAAUAACUCCAGCCCCUGUGACAUCCGCCUGGACUGGGAGACCUACACUCCGGAAGACAGGGAGGACCGACUGGUGGAGCUGCUGGUGUAUUACGGGCCACCUUUCCCGCUGCGGGACCAAGCUGGGAAUGACUUCUCGUGCCCGGAGACCCCUGAGAGAAGCAGCUCCUUCUGGUCCCCAAGCCCCUCUGGCGCAUCGGACUCCAGCCACGAAGCUGCCCAGGCUGCCGAGGACCGCUGCGGUGUCAGCAACAGGGCCCGGCAGAAGCUCAUCUCCGUCCUUCUGCGGGAGCAUGACGGGGUGCCCGCCGACCACCUGUACAGCAUCAGCCCCAAGCAGGUGGUGGUCCCUGCAGGGGGCAGCAGCACCAUCUCCAUCUCCUUCUCACCUACGGGCCUUGGCGCCGGCAUCCCGCACAAGAUGGCGUGCCUUGGCUACGCCCUGGGCUUCAUGAGCUUGGACGAGGAGGUGGAAAGAGAGCUUCCGGGGAGGAGACGUCGCCUGCAGGACUUCGCCGUGGGACCCCUGCGGCUGGACCUGUGCAGCUACGUGCGGCCCGCACAGCUCAGCGUGGAGUUGGACUACGGUGGUGGCGUAGAGUUCCGGCACCAGGCCAGCGACCUCAUCCCAGAGCAGCCCUGUACUGGGGUGCUGAGUGAGCUGCUGAGCACCCACCACCUGAAGCUGAGCAACACCACUGAAAUCCCGCAGUACUUCCGGCUCCUGGUCUCCAGGCCCUUCUCUGUUGCUCAAGGAGGGGCCAGCCGCAGCCGCAGUGCUCCUGGCCCGGAACAGGGGUGUGAGGAAGAGCAGGCCACUGGCGGCAAGCGGCUGGUGCUCCACCCUCAGGAGAACAUGCUGGUGAACGUGUCCUUCUCGCUGUCCCUGGAGCUGCUCUCCUACCAGAAGCUCCCGGCUGACCAGAUGCUGCCCGGGGUGGACAUCCGGCAGCGCGCCAGUGGGGAGAAAGAGAUGGUGUUUACUCAGAACCUGCUCCUGGAGUACGCCAACCAGACCGCUCAGGUGGUGCCCCUGAGGGCCACAGUGGCCGUGCCCGAGCUGCAGCUCUCCACCAGCUGGGUGGACUUCGGGACCUGCUUUGUGAACCAGGGGCAGGUCCGGGAGGUCGACCUCAUGAACCUGAGCGGCUGUCGGAGCUACUGGGCUGUGCUGACGGGCCAGCAGGAGCCAGACAAGGACCCUGCGGCCUUCAGGGUAUCUCCAAACAGUGGCCUGCUGGAGGCACGACUGGUCAAUGCCCCCCCAAAUUCCAUCACCCUCCAGGUUUUCUUCACUGCCAGGAGCAGUGAGCUGUAUGAGUCCACGCUGGUGGUGGAAGGCGUGCUUGGUGAGAAGGCCUGCACCCUACGGCUCCGGGGCCGAGGCUCUUAUGAUGAGAAAUAUGUGUCACCCCACCAGCUCUGAGGCUCUACUCGCAGCCCCCCAGCUUUGCAAAUAAACCAUGACCUAGGGCUAAGGACCAGGUUUGCUGGAC